GUCCUCCUCCUGCUAAACAGCUGCGUCUCCCGUGAGCCCGCGGGAACUCGAGGACUACGACUCCCGGCAUGCUCCGAGGCCUCUGGAGUUAACCCUUAGGGGCCCGCAGCCUCCUCCCAGCGCCCCGCCUCCACCCUUACCUGGACCCCGCAGGAGAUGGGUGCCCCCAUCGGCACACUGUCCUUUGGCCACCGGACAUCAUGCCUCCCAAGAAGGAUUUUCCUAUGAAGAAACCGGCAGGACCCUCUAUUGCCAAACCUGCUGCCAAACCCGCAGUUGGGGCCCCUCCAGCCAAGACCAAGGCUGAGCCAGCUCCAGCUGCCCCUCCAGCCCCUCAGAAAACCCAGGAGCCCCCCAUCGACCUCUCCAAAGUGGUGAUCGAGUUUAACAAGGACCAGCUGGAGGAGUUCAAGGAGGCUUUUGAGCUGUUUGACCGAGUAGGGGAUGGCAAGAUCCUGUACAGUCAGUGUGGGGAUGUGAUGAGGGCCCUGGGCCAGAACCCCACCAACGCCGAGGUGCUCAAGGUCCUGGGGAACCCCAAGAGUGAUGAGCUGAAGUCCCGGCGUGUGGACUUCGAGACUUUCCUGCCCAUGCUCCAGGCCGUAGCCAAAAACCGGGACCAAGGCACAUAUGAGGACUACCUGGAAGGGCUUCGGGUGUUUGACAAAGAGGGGAAUGGCAAAGUCAUGGGAGCAGAGCUCAGACAUGUCCUUACCACCCUGGGAGAGAAGAUGACUGAAGAGGAGGUGGAGACUGUUCUGGCAGGACAUGAGGACAGCAAUGGCUGCAUCAACUAUGAAGCCUUCCUGAAGCACAUCCUAAGCGUCUGAGCUCCUACAGGUAGGGCUUCUCCCGCCCCACUCCCCGAGAGAUGCGGUGGGGGUCGGACACCAACCCCCCACCCCCGCGCCUCUCCGGCCGGCGGAAACACGUUCCUGCCACUAGGAGGCCACCUAUUGUUUCCAAAUAAAGAGACUAUUCCUCA